GCAGCGCUCUCGAAGGCAUGAUGCAGGACCGUCGACAGAAUAUCUAACAAGCUCCUCCCACAACAUCGGCAGCCAUUUUAAGGUACGUUCCGUAGAUACCAUGCGCGAAAAGUGCUUCUACACAUUGGACAUUGAAAUGGAGGCCCCGUAGAACUAGAGGCGGGUCUUCCUCUCCGUUCGCGGUCUUCUCAUAGGUUCCAGUGGUCGGGUGUCACGAAAUAUCCCGGGGUGAAGCCACAUUGUUUGGUGGAUGUGCAUCGAGUUGUGCUAACAUCAAACCCUUAACGGUUUUGUUUUAAACAAUGAAUAGUGUUACAACAUCGUUAACUUGAACUUAAAGUUUUGGAAUAUCUUAGGUGCGCAUUGCGCAACGGGAAGGUCUUACAAAGGAAAACGACAGCAGCAGGAAGCCGAGCACGACGAGUGGAUGGCCAAGGACAAGACGGUGAUAACGGGACUGAGUUUGUUUUUGGAAUGUGUACUGGCAUAUUAGGGUCCUUGGUCAAAUCAGCUAUAAUGUUCCCACUGAUAUGUAGUGGAUAAGUGUGAGUUUAAGAAGAACUCUAGCCCUUGGAGGAGAACACCAAGAUGGCUCAAACAUGGAAUGCACUUCAGCAAGCAGAGCUUCUAUCUGACCAGAGCCCAGAAACUUCUAUUGAAGCUAUGGACUGUAAUGGAAUUCCAGUGGGACCAGAGGAAAGCUUUGCUCAUGAGAUAGAAGAGUUGAUAGAGGAGGAGAACUUUUCAAGCAUGAUGGAUUUGCAAGACAUUGCUGAAUCAGACAUAAAAGAUUUGGAGACUGGUUCUCUGCAGCACACAUGCUAUGAAUCAUCUUGGCAAGAUGUAAUGGAUUCAGCUGACCUUGAACAAGAUAAGUCAGGGGAUAAAGGAGAAAAUAAUGGUAACAUUACACCCUGUCCCUUGACUAACUCAGUAGAGGUUGAGUCCACAUUAGAAGUAUAUUCUGACAAGGCAAUAUUAGAACCUGAUUAUGAGACAAAUGCUAGUCUUGUCGAAUAUUCAGAUAUUAGCAGCUGCUCUGACACAGAAGCCAAUCUUGAUUGCAAUUUGAGUUCACCCAUUGAUGUUAACAUGGGUAACAACGAGGCUGAGCAGCCUUCAGAGGAAGGAGACCUGAAUUCAAGUAAUACAAUGCACUUAUCUUCUGCUAAAGUCUGGCAUAGUAAUCUGGAAGCAGAUGUGAGUGAAAUAAAUGAACAGCAGGCCACUGGACCUCCAGUGACCACAAGUGAGAGCAAUGACCAAACCGGUAGUGACUGUAGAGAGGGGUCACUUCUUACAAAUGCUAAGGUUCCAUGUACAGAAGUACAAGGUGAGGACAAUAUAAAUGGUGCAGUAUCUUUGUCAAAAGAUGGCCAAAAUGAGGAAGGGGACAUGUCUUGUGAUUUGGAAUGUUUUUUGGAUCACUGCGAAGAGCUUAGUACCUCUCAGGAUGGUUCCACUUGUGCCUCAAACCAUGAAAAUAUUGAUACUUCACUGACUUCUAAUGGGAAUGAAAAUGGUUGCCCAACCAUAGAUUCACUAAGUGUCUGCCAAUUGGAAAGGACAACCCCAGAUCCUGAAAACAGUUCAUCAAAACCUGAACUUGAAGGGACAUCUGUGCUUUCUGGUGAUGGAAAAGGUUCACUUGGAGACUACCAAUUAGAAGUAAUGAACCAAGAUCCUGAAAACACAUCCUCAAAGCCCAACUUUCAAGAGACAAUUGAGAUAUCCGGCCAUGGAAAAGAUUCUCUUGAUGGCUGUCAGUUGGAAAGCACAUCCUCAAAACCUGAGUUUGAAGACACAGUUGGGUUAUCUGGACAUGAAAAAAAAUCUCUUAAUGGUUGUCAAUUGGAAAGUAAUAAACCGGAUCCUAAAAGCACACCCUCAAAACCUGGCCAUGGAAGUUCUUCACAGCUAGAAGGACAGAAAUGCAUUGCAUCAGAUGAUGAACAAGUUGAGCGGAGUAGUUUUGGAUUCCUCGAGUCUUGUUUUGGUUUAAAAAGUACAGCGCAGAACAGUGAGAAACUGUUUGGUCACAUUGAACCACCAGUUUUUUUGAAAACUGCCUUUGAAUCUAAUAAUAAGAUGGAUGAGGGAACUGAUGCACCAAAAGACCUCAGUACAGACCAAAUGUCCUGGACCUCCCUAGAUCCUGGACAGCAAAAUGUCACCAUUGCAAACAAAGAUUCUUUAUCAUAUUUCAAGACCCACAAGAGAAAACUGCAGCCUGUGGUUCUCCUCAAGACAACUAAGAAAAGGCCUUGUAAUGAAAAGAAAUACCAUUGCUUUGAGUGCCAAGAGUCAACACCAAGUGUAGAUGAACUAAUCGAGCACCACCACUUCAUGCAUUCUCUCCAUAAGUCUCAGUACUGUCCCGCUUGUGAAAGUUACUUCGCUGGUGGUACAUUAGCUGGACAACACUUAUGUGGAAAUGUCAAGCUUAAUGACAAGAUAAAAUCGUCCCCCUUGUAUACCAAAGUGGUAACUGAGGAGAAAGCAAAGUUCAUAUGUAGGUACUGUAGGAAGUCCUUUGUUCGACAGGCUUAUUAUGAAGAACAUGUGCUGAAGCACAGAGUGGUCACAAAUCAUAGGUGUGACAUUUGUGGAUUAUACUUUCCUAAUGCUCCCAAACGUCUCAGUCACAAGCGUAAAGGAACAUGCACACCUUUGAUACUAGAUCCUUCUUUAGAGACUGCAGAUCAUUCAGAAUCAAGCCAUGAAAAGAGCGACAUACCAGGCGUGGUUGAAACCGUUGACUCUAAUGUAGAUCUUCGUAAUUGCUUUGUGAAGCUAAUGGAUGUGUGCAAGACAAGCCAGUCACCUGAACGAAUACGUUGUGAAGUUUGUGGAAAGACUUUCAGGCUAAGAGCGCAACUGAAUGCACACCUUAGAUCACACUCGGACGAGAAGCCCUUCAAGUGUGACGACUGUGGAAAAGCAUUCAAAUAUACCUGGAAUCUUAACAAACACAAAAGAGAGCAGUGUUCUCAAAAGAUUGUCCCACAUAAAAAAUCUUCAGUUCCAGAUAGCCAGAUCUUGCCAAAGUUUAAAUGCCCAAUCUGUUUUCGCAUGUUCAAGUACUCCUACAAUCGGACACGUCAUUUGCGUCAACAGUGUCUGAGAGAAUACAUGAAAAAUGGCAAAGGAAAGAUUGGUGACAAGUAUCGAUGCCCUUUGUGUAAAGAUAUGUUUACUGUGGCCGGCAACCGCAAUAGGCACAUCAAGAAAACUUGCAUUAAGCUUAAAAUCUAUACAGCCAAAGGAAUGGUGAAAAAACGAAAAGCGUUAGAUGAACUCCACAAUACCAAAAAAGAGGACAAAGCGUCACCAUUGACUCUGUCCCCACAAAAAGAAUCACGGUAUAAAUGCACUUUUUGUCCAUCUGAGUAUUCUAGCAAGUCGGGUUUCUACGGCCAUCUAGCAAAGCAUAAAUUGCUUGGACAUGCCAAAAAGGCAAUCAAACAAAAACUUGGUAAUGCUGUUGAUUUGAAAAGUUCAAGCUCUGCUGGGCAAAAACCAGUUAGCCAAGAAUGUGCUGAUAAGGACAAAAGACUUACUUUUUCUUGUCGCUUCUGUGGAAGAGUCUUCGUUUCACCCGACUUGUUAAAAAGGCACUUACAAGUUCAUAAAGGAAACAAACCUUUUCGCUGUUUAGACUGUGGUAAAAAUUUUGCCAGGCAUGGACACCUAAUGGCUCACAAAAAUGUGCACAAGCGGAAUGUACAGUGCUCGGUCUGCUGGGAAGUUCUUCCGUCUAUUGGAGAUUUGUUAAAACACAGACAGUCCCAUCCAAAAAAGGGCAUGCUGAAGUGCCCUGAUUGCCCAUUGCAGUUCAAGUUUCCAGUAUUUCUGCUUCGACAUGUGACUGUGCAUGAGAGAAAGCGCCAACUCAAUGAAAUUCUCCCUCCAAAGGACCAAGGUACACCUCAGAAGGUACAAGAAAUGUACAAAGAGGAGUUCAAAUGUGGUCUCUGCCAAGAAGCCUUCGUUGACUCAAAGGCACUUAGCGAGCACUGUUUAACUCAUAUGCCUGGACCUACUGCAUCCAAAUGUCAGUUUUGCAAAAGCCAUUUCUCAAAUCAUGCUGGGCUUAUUCGUCACCUCCGCCUUCACACUGGUGAAAGACCUUUUCCGUGUCCAACUUGUGGCAGGCACUUCCACAGAAAGGAAGUUCUUAAAUUACAUCAGGAAAAAUGUACAGUGGGGCAACCGCCUCCAUUACAAACGUCAAAUGCUAAACAAGUACAGGCAGAACAUGGUGUAGACACUGCUUCAGAAAAGACCAGCAUAGUCUAUAAUUGUUCAUACUGCCCACAUUCAUUUCGUUUUCCAAACAAUUUGAAACUCCAUGAGAGAGCCCACUUGGCCAAGACGGUUUUCCCUUGCUCAAAGUGUGGCAAGUUUUACAGGAGAAGAAAAUUUAAAGCUCACGUGGAGCUCUGCAAUGGAGAUAAGAUGAAACCUGCUUGCAGAAAAUGUGGGAGAAUUUUUACUCGAAAAAACUACAGAAAUGCUCACGAAAAGCAGUGCCAGGGCAAGCAGGACAAACGAGAAACCGAAACCAAAACAGGAACAACUGAGAAGGGCAAAUUUAAGCAUCAAUGUCCACAAUGUCUUAGAUGUUUUAGAUCCAACACUUUUCUACAGAGACAUCUAGCUCUUCAUUCAAAGGAAACGGCAUGUGCAUGCAUGCAUUGUGGACAGAAAUUUGACACUCAGGAUCGAUGCUUGCAACAUGAGGCUUUUUGUGAUGGUGUGAUCAAGGAACGUAGAUUGGAGAGUUUAAGAGGAUCUGAGAAAAUUAAAUCAAUAUUUGCUGAAGUAAACAAUCAGAAAGAGGUCACUGCAGUUCCUGGAGAAAAUGGCGAUCCACUGAAGUGCAAAUUUUGCACUAAAUCAUUUUUGAGGGCCAGAUAUCUAAGACGCCAUAUUCUCACUCAUACAGAGGUCAAGCCAUAUCGGUGUAAGACUUGUGAAAGUUGUUUCUCACGAUAUGACCAUUUAAAACUGCACCAAGCCCGCUGCAGAGGAAAGCGACAACUUGAGGUACGAGUCGUAAAGAUGAGUCUUGACACUUUGAGCACAAGUCCCCAAAGCAAAACCCAGGAAGAUGGUGAGAACUUGCAAUGCAAAUUUUGCUCAAAGCAAUUGUCCACCUCAAGUGAUCUGAAGCGUCAUAUGUCCAUGGUCCACAUUACCGAUAAACCUUAUCCCUGCAAGAGAUGUGGCAAAACUUACAGUUCCAAAAAGACUUUGAGGACACACAACCUGACAAUCCGAUGCAAAAAGAUCCCAAGGGAAAGUGUUCUGAAUGCUAAGAAUGAUGUUCAAACCCAACCAUGCAGGGAAACAUCCAAACUUCUGCAACGUAUACAGGUGCACUACAUGAAUAAAUUUAAAUACCAAUGCGAGUAUUGCCCUCGACGCUUUAAAGUAUCUGGACAACUGAAGGUGCAUCUACGUCUUCAUACAGGGGAAAAACCAUAUGGCUGUGCCAACUGUGGAGAGCAUUUCAUCAGAACAGACUACUUGAAACGACACUUGGCGAAAUGCAAUGGCAAGGGAGAAAAUCAAGAAAAGAUUGUUUGUGAUAAAUGUGGUGACCUGUUCAACCAGGACGCACUGUCUAUACACCAGAAGACGUGUGUCAUCAGCUCAAAAUCACCUGGAUCAUCUCAAGAGGUAAAUAACAAAGACAAGAGCCCCACCAAGAUCAAAGGUUUUUCCUGUGCUAACUGCAGUGACCGCUUUUUAUUGUUCUCGCAGCUCCAGCAGCAUUUUUUAGCGAAGCAUAGAUCUGAUCAGCCACAAGUGUCAAGUAACAGUCAGCAGCAAUUGGAAUCGAGUCCCAUGCAAGUCAUAAAGCAAGAGCAGGUUGAUGAGGGCUAUGUGCAGAACCAAGAAAGCAGCGGUCAGACAAAUGCAAUCGAACAAUGUGCAGACCUUCACAAGCCUCUUAAAUGCCCACAGUGCAACAUGCGCUUUUCCAAGAAUGCUGGCCUGAGUAUGCACAUGCGCACACAUACGGGAGAGUACCCGCUUUCUUGCUCAAAAUGCCAUGCUGGUUUUUGGACCAAAAAGAUAAUGGAGAAACACAAAAGAAAAUGUACAGGUCACACAGUUAUCUCAAAUAAUGGAUCUGCGAUGGAAAGUGGAGGCGAAUUAAACGACACUGUUCUAGUAUUUAACAAGGGUUCUAAUACAACAGGAACUGGAGUACUGCAGACUAAAUUCUCAUGUAAAGAUCAAGACCAGGAAAAUGAUGCUGAGAAAGGAGAUGCCUCUAUUCACAAGUAUCAGUGCUCUGAGUGUGAUCAGAGUUUUACAGACGGACUGAGACUCAUAAGUCAUUUGGAGGAACAUGGCCGGGAGGAUCAAGAGCGCAGAUCAGAUAUCCACAGAUGCCACGUGUGCAAUAAAGUCUUUGCUCAAGCUGGUAUAUUGCAAAGGCAUAUGAAAAUGCAACAUCAUGGGAAAACUGAUAAUACUUGUGAAAUUUGUUUCAAGCGUUUCCGUUUUCCAUCUGACCUGGACAUUCAUAGAUCUUCUCAUGACCCCAAUCGUCCCUUUCCCUGUGACAUCUGUAAGAUGCGUUUUUGGACUCCUAAAGCUCUGACCGCUCACCACAGGAUGGUUCAUUUGCAUGCACAACCACCCAACUCAAAAGAAUCUAGUGUGAAAGCAAGAACGGAGCAGCCUGAAGUAUAUAGGUGUGAACCAUGUGACAAAACCUAUACGAUAAAAAAGUCAUACUUGAAGCACUGCAAAAUAAAACACAAAGAGGAAUUUAUCAAAACACUUGUUGAUAAUGAAUUAAAACAAUCCUCUGGCAGUGCAAGUCAGGAAUCAGAUAAGGAAGACUCCAGAACUUUUGAAGACGAAGAUGACAGUGACAAUGACUCUGAUUCAGCGCCGUACUUUCCUUGCCAUGUUUGUGGUAAAACAUUCUUAACAUCAGAAAGUCUUGAGGAUCAUCAAAGAUGCCAUCUGGGUGAAAAACCCUUUGAGUGCGAAGAAUGUGGCAAGUGCUUUUUCCAGCUCGCGAACUUGCAGCAACAUCAGCGGUGCCACAAGUCGGAGUUUCAGUGUCAAAUGUGUGGUAAAGGAUUUGUCUCGCUCUUCAGCUUGCGCAAACACAAGCAAACGCAUAUCAGAAAGAGUCCUCACCGCUGCACCAAGUGUCACCUGAGCUUUACACGCUCAACAGAACUAGCGGAGCACAUGGUUACCCACCGUGAUGAAAACUUUCCGUGUGACCUUUGUGAUGAAAUCUUUUCCUGCAAAACAAGUCGGGCAGAGCACCGCAAGAUGCACACAGAGCAAGAAGAAGAGCUUCCGCCAUUGAUUCCGCCUAAACCACCUCAAACAAUACAGGCGACUCCUGCCGUCUCAAGUAACGUCGAGCAGUACAAGUAUCGCUGUGGAAUUUGUCAAAUAAGAUUUCCAGAUCCAGAACAGCUUUCAGAACACGGCUGCAAUCCCGCGAAAGAGCGCCCAUACUCGUGUCCCGAAUGCAACAAGCAUUUUCUACAUGGUUCCCACCUAAAAAAGCAUCAGCUCAGCCAUCAGUUGUCGGGACCACGUUCUUACCAGUGUAACCACUGCAGCAUGAGCUUCAGCCACCACCACCUCUUUCUUACUCAUUUACGAAGCCAUGGGAACGAAAAGGCUUCCAAGGAGACUAACUUUCCUGCCAGUGAAAAGAUGAUUCGUGUCGAACCUAUAAAGCGUGACAAAAUUUACCAGUGCCCCAUAUGUCCAGAGAGCUUUUACCAAGCCUUGGACCUCGCAAAUCACCUCUCUGUUCAUUCUCACAUGUGCAGUGUUUGUACCAUGACUUUUCCCACUAAGAAAGAGCUUGAUGAACAUGAACAAUGCCAUUUGACUGCUGCUACUCAGUAUGAAUGCACAGAAUGUGGAGACAGCUUUCUUGGAAGUGACGCUUUCCGCAAUCACCACUGCAGUAAUUUGACCUUUUCAGAAAAGCACCGAUCAGAACCAUCCAUCUCUUCAUCCAAGAAGCAGAGUUCAGGGACUCAUUUUCAAGCACGUGAUGAAGAAGAGGAGGAGGUUGAUGUUGGAGAAGACUUUAUUAUUUGUCCAAUCUGUAAAAGACGGUUCUCCUCCAAUAGUAGUUUGAUGGAGCACCAUAAAAAGCAUCACGAGGAUCCGCGUCCUUUCAAGUGCUUGGUUUGUAAAAAAGGCUUUAUGAAGAAACGCUACCUUACGCAGCACCAGCAGAUACACAGUGAACGGCCUUACCAGUGUGAUGUGUGCUCAGAAGCCUUUAAAACGGAACCAGCUCUUGUAACCCACCGUAAAAUGCAUGAUGCAAACAGGCAACACCAGUGCCCAAUCUGCAGUAGAGCCUACCUUACAGCAAAUGAUCUCGCAAAACAUAAACGGAAACAACAUGCUGAACAUCAAAGCCAGAGUGAGGACAACAGAGAGUACCGGUGCGAUAUGUGCUAUAAAUCCUUCACCAUGUUUGCUCAUUUGCAAAAGCAUCAAGAAAGCCACGUGGGACAAGUGGUCUAUGAAUGCACAGAGUGUGACAAAGCCUUUGCUUUUCUAAAUCUUUUGGAGGAACAUCAGAGGACUCAUGGUGCUGCUUCUACAGAAUCUCAAUCCCCAACCCAUUUUCCCUAUCAAAGCUCAGUAAAUGAAUGAAGGUCGACUUACUGAUGUCCCAGUUUCCUGCAAUGCAGGUUAUUCAAAAAAUCAUUCAGUUUUCUGAACGUUAGUUGUUAAGAUAAACUGUACAUACAAUUCAUUGUUUUUACAUAGGCCUAACUGCUUUUAUCCACGUUGACAUUGGCGUUUUACCCUAGUUCUGAAUUGGUCUGUUAAUGUUCAUACAGUCUGCUGUGUUCUACAGUUCUGUGAACUGCUCACUAAUUUUUCAUUGUACAGAACUCAGACUGAUGCGUGUAAAUUAAAUGUAUGUAACCUAGAUGAUGUAUGGAGCUAUAGGCAUAUGUGCAUGAAGUUGUUGGAGAUGUUAAUGUUCUGCAGUACAGUUCAGAAGGAUGUACAGUUGAAAGUCCCACGUCAUUCCUUCAUUGUUGAAGUCACUUUUGACCUUUGACCUAAAUUUACUAGCCAUAUAAUGCAUUUUUAAACAUCCUAGAGGAAAUCUGUAGAUUGUUAAUAUUUCAUAGCCAUGCCCAGUCAUGUUACGUUUUGUUUCGUCUGUUUGUAAACAUUUAAGGUCAAAUUAAGGGGUCACUACACAGUAGUUAUAUAUGAUAUGAAUGCUUUUGAGUUUCAUGUUUCAUAAAAAUCCAUAUUUACUUUUGUAUUGAAAAGAGUCUUGAAUGGCUUGCCUCACAAAAAGUAAACAACAGGUUUGACAAAUAAUACUGUAUUCAUUCUGUAUGAGUUUAAUCCACAUUAGUGCUGACAUAUAUGGCUAUGAAAACCUCAUGUUUAGUUUUACUUUUAUAUGGCAAUGUUGAGAAUUUCUUCAACUAGUAAAAACAUUUACACCUG